GUCCCUUGCAUGGGACUAAAAAGCCCCACGCCUUUUCAUCGCUCAAUCUUCGAAAUUUGAUAACUAGCUCAAUGCAGCAAUGAUGCUACAGCAGAAUCGGAUGCAAGUCAAGCGAGUUACCCAAGAAACGUUAACUAAAACUUCAGGAAAAUCGAUGCUGCAAAGGAGCAGCUUCUCGGAAUUUUUUUAGCAGUAACUCCUGCUCAUGACCUACACCAGUCCCAAACUGAAGAACUAGCGGCCAGGGAGCUGGUGCAGGAGAAGCACACAGCCCAUCCCACACCGGCGAGCAGCGAGGGGCUCGCCCACCGUGCACGUGCGGAAGCCCUGCACCUUCCUGAGGAUGUCAAACCCAGAACAGUAUGACAUGGGCUUCUACCAAUCUAACUAUAUCGUUGAUAAUCAGGAGCAGAGUUAUGAUGAUUCUAACACUUAUGGAAAUGUUUAUGGAUCCAGAGAACCACAAAGUACUGAGCAGCCCCAGCCUUCCUCUCCAGUUCCAUCAGAGAUGUUCUUGCCUUCAGAUUAUGGAGGGCAGCUUUUUCAGCCCUCAUCCAACUUGGAUUAUUACUCACAGUCUUCCUCGGUUGACAGUUUUGAUGAAGAGCCUCCUUUGCUAGAGGAACUUGGAAUUAACUUUGAUCACAUAUGGCAGAAAACCUUGACGGUGCUAAAUCCAAUGAAGCCAGCAGAUGGCAGCAUCAUGAACGAAACCGAUCUCACAGGACCCAUCCUUUUCUGUGUGGCUCUGGGAGCCACAUUGCUUAUGGCAGGAAAAGCCCAGUUUGGUUAUAUAUAUGGCAUGAGUGCCAUUGGCUGCCUGGGGAUUCAUGCCUUACUGAACUUGAUGAGCUCUUCAGGGGUGUCAUAUGGCUGCGUGGCCAGUGUGCUGGGAUACUGCUUGCUCCCCAUGGUCAUCUUGUCCAGCUGUGCAGUUUUCUUUUCACUGCAGGGUACCAUUGGAACCAUGUCAGCCCUGCUCAUCAUUACCUGGUGCAGUCUUUCAGCUUCUAAGAUCUUCAUUUCGGCCUUGGCCAUGGAAGGACAACAGCUUCUUAUCGCUUACCCCUGUGCCUUACUUUAUGGACUCUUUGCCCUUCUGACUGUUUUCUAAAGAUUGCUUGACAUGACUUUGCAAGAUCCUAUCUGUUUGCUCUUCAGA